AUGGAAGCUUUCAAAGAUACUUCAAUUCUCUCUUGGAAUAUCAGAGGGGCUCAAAAUAGCAAUGCUAAGAGACACUUAAAAGAUUUGAUUAGAAGGUUCAACCCAACUUUCCUAUCCAUUCUUGAGACUCACAUUCCUUUUGUAAGACUUUCUGCUUUUUGGAAUAACAAUGGCUAUACUCCUGUUCAUAUCAUAGAAGCCUCAGGCCACUCAGGAGGUUUAUGGAUCUUAAAACAAUUAGCUUCCAACAUUAUCUCAUCUGUCCUUCACUCAAACCAAUACUCCAUCACCUUCUCCAUCCAUCGUGGGAGCGCUGCCACUACCUGCACUUGUGUCUAUGCUAGCCCAAACUUCACUAUGCGCCCUAACCUUUGGACUGACCUCACAAAUAUCAGCCAUACUAUCAAUGGCCCUUGGAUGUUAAUUGGUGACUUCAAUGAAACUCUUCUCCCAAGUGACCAAAGAGGUGGAAUAUUUAACCACAAUAGAGCUGCCCUCUUCUCAAAUUUCAUGAAUAAUUGCAAUCUUCUUGAUCUCACAACCACCGGUGGUCGGUUUACCUGGCAUCGCAAUCAUAAUGGCAUCCGUAUUCUUUCUAAGAAGCUUGAUAGAGGGAUAGCAAAUGUAGACUGGCGCCUAUCCUUUCCGGAAGCUUUUGUUGAAGUUCUCUGCAGAUUACACUCUGAUCACAAUCCACUUCUUCUCCGUUUUGGUGGCCUCCCUCUUGCGAGAGGUCCUAGGCCCUUCCGGUUUGAAGCUGCCUGGAUAGAUCACUAG